AUGGAGAGAGACAGCAGAAAUGAGAAGUUCUUCUCCAGAAAGAGAAGUUUCACUUUUGGGGCAUAUGGAGGCAGACCAGAACCUUUAGAACACAGCAAUCUGGAUAUUUUGGACUCCCCUACCAGCGAGACCAAACCGUUCCUUUCUGCUGGCAGCAACCAGAAGGUGACAGAGCUGUUUGAGAUCAUUGAGAAGUUGCAGAGCAGCAGGCUAGAUGAACAGCGCUGUGAAUUCCCUCUGCCUUUGAGGUCUCAGCUUUUGAAGAUAGGUCGUGACCUUCCUCUGAUCCUGCCUCCAAAGCUGGGUGGUUACUGGAUAGACCCCCCGCUACAGAAGUUUGCUGAGACCAGUCCGACAUCCUCUCAUUAUGGACUAGACCCAGAGACCUAUGACAUCAUGGAGAGAGACAGCGAGGCCACAUUCUACCAGCAGUUCUUCCGCUCACGAUAUCAUCACUCGUUCACAGCAGUGGACCCUUCCCUGGGACCCCUCCUUCUCUCUGUCUGUUUGGAGGAAGAAGAGAAGAGGCUGAGAGUGAUACUGAGGAUGAGGGAAUGCUCUAUGCAUGGGGUUUUCUCUGUGUCUCUGUUCCCAAACAUCCCGUCUGCUGUGGAGCUGGCCAAGAUGCUAUGCGACAGUGUGACUGUGUCCAGAUUUGAUGUGGUCAGUUACCUCAAGGCACCAGAUCUUAUAACAGCAUUUGAUGAACACAGAGUGUCUCCGAAUUUCAAGUUUGGUGUUUUGUAUCAGAGAGAGGGACAGUUGACAGAGGAGGACAUACUCUGUAACAAUGAGGAAAGUGAAGAGUUUCAAGAAUUCCUCUCUAUUUUGGGAGCUACAGUCGCACUUCAAGGGUUCACUGGGUUCCGAGGAGGUUUGGACGUGUAUCACGGCCAGACAGGAAAUGAUGCGGUCUUCACUUCCUUCCACGGCAGAGAGAUCAUGUUCCAUGUGUCCACCAAAUUGCCCUUCACAGAGGGCGAUACACAACAGCUACAGAGGAAGAGACACAUUGGCAACGACAUCGUUGCUGUUGUUUACCAGGAGGGCCACACCCCUUUUCUGUCUGAUGUCAUCGGCUCACACUUCCUGCACUGUUUCCUAGUAGUCAGGAGGGUGAGGAAGAGAGUGGGGGACGAGGGGGAGGGGGAGGAGGCAGGAGGAGGAGGGGUGUUCCAGGUGUCAGUCACAGCCAGAGACGAUGUACCUCCCUUUGGUCCCUCCCUCCCUGAUCCUCCCAUAUUCACAGAGAGCUCCCUGUUGAGAGAGUUCCUUCUGACCAAGCUUAUCAAUGCAGAGAUCUCCUGUUAUAAGGCUGAGAGGUUCAGUAGACUGGAGCUACGCACUCGUUCAUCCCUCCUGGAGGGUCUGCAGGCGGAACUGUCCACCCGCUCCCAGUGCAUGAUGGGAGAUUCGCCUGUGUCCACCCUCUCGACUUCUGAGGGGAUGAGGGGUGUGACUGAGGGGAGUGGAGGGUUCAUCGAAAACUUUAAGAGAGCCAUGAGGGUACGCAGUAAUUCUUUUGACACUCUUGGGGGGCCUAGAAAGAUGGGAGGGGUGCCACUCCCACAGAAGCCCAAGGCUGCUACAGAGAGAGAUGGAGAGAGUGAGUUGGCCUACAAGCCCCCCGAACCCAGCUAUCCGCCCACAGACAACUUGGGCUCCACAGAGGUCAAAGACCACUCCAGUCCCCAGGAGAAUACGUAGGCAGACAGAAUUAUGUGUAUAUUUGAGUAAUAACCGAGUGGAUACUUUGUAUGUACAGUGCAUUCGGAAAGUAUUCAGACCCCUUGACUUUUUCCACGUUUUGUUACGUUACAGCCUUAUUCUAAAAUCGAUUAUUCUAAAAUGGAUGAAAUAGUUUUCCCCCUUCAUCAAUCUACACACAGUACCCCAUAAUGACAAAGUAAAAACAGGUUUUUAGAUGUUUUUGCAAAUUCUGUACUUUGUUGAAGCACCUUUGACAGCCAUUACAACUGUUAUUUUCAGGUCUUUGCAGAGAUGUUCGAUCGGGUUCAAGUCCGGGAUCUGGCUGGGCAACUCAAGGACAUUCAGAGACUUGUCCUGAAGCCACUCCUGCUUUGUCUUGGCUGUGUGCUAAGGGUCAUUGUCCUGUUAGAAGGUGAACCUUCACCCCAGUCUGAGGUCCUGAGCACUCUGGAGCAGGUUUUCAUCAAGGAUCUCUCUGUACUUUACUCUGUUCAUCUUUCCCUCGAUCCUGACUAGUCUCCCAGUCCCUGCCGCUGAAAAACAUCCCCACAGCAUGAUGCUGGCACCACCAUGCUUCACCGUAGGGAGGGUGCAAGGUUUCCUCCAGAUGUGACGCUUGGCAUUCAGGCCAAAUAGUUCAAUCUUGGUUUCAGCAGACCAUAGAAUCUUGUUUUUUCAUGGUCUAAGAGUCCUUUAGGUGCCUUUUGGCAAACUCCAAGCGGGCUGUCAUGUGCUUAUUACUGAGGAGUUCUGUUUGGCCACUCUACCACAAAGGCCUUCUAGGUGGAGUAUUGCAGAGACAGUUGUCCUUCUGGAAGGUUCUCCCAUCUCCACAGAGGAACUCUAGAGCUCUGUCACAGAGGGACCAUCGGGUUCAGGGUCACCUCCAUGACCAAGGCUCUUCUCCCCUGAUCGCUCAGUUUGGCCAGGCAGCCAGCUCUUGGAAGAGUCUUAUUGGUUCCAAACUUCUUCCAUUUGAGAAAGAUGGAGAUCACUGUGUUCUUGGGGGACCUUCAAUGCUGCAGAAAUGUUUUGGCACCCUUCCCCAGAUCUGUCCCUCGACACAAUCCUGUCUCGGAGCUCUACGGACAAUCCCUUCGACCUCAUGGCUUGGUUUUUGCUCUGAUGUGCACUGUCAACUGUGGGACCUUAUAUAGACAGGUGUCUUUCUAAAUCAUGUCCAAUCAAUUGAAUUCACCACAGGUGGACUCCAAUCAAGUUGUAAAAAACAUCUUAAGGAUGAUCAAUGGAAACAGGAUGCACUUGAGCUCAAUUUCGCGUCUCAUAGCAAAGGGUCUGAAUACAAAUAUAAAUAAGGUAUUUCUAAAAACCCAUUUUCACUUUAUCAUCAUGGGAUAUUGUGCUUAGACUGAUGAGGAAAACAAAUAUUUAAUCCAUUUUAGAAUAA